AAAAGAGAGAGAUUUUUUUUAUUUUAUUAUAGAUGUGCAGCCCAAAACAGGGCGAGACCGACGUUCGUCAUGGAAGGCGGCGGCGCGAAAGAGGAUCACAACAAGCCGGAUUUGUCAACGACCGACCCACACGAGCUCGUUUCCAGUGAUGAUGAGAUAGACUACUCAAUAGAGCCAGAGUUUUAUGAUUCAAAUCUUGAUGACAAAGAUGAACAAUGGGUUCAUAACAAAAGAAAAGGUCAGACCUCAGAUGCUGUACUAAGCUGCCCUGCAUGUUUUACAACUCUUUGCUUAGAUUGCCAAAGACACGAGAGGUAUGUGACUCAGUACAGAGCAAUGUUUGUUUUCAAUUGCAAGAUCAUAACAGAUCAGAUACUACCCCAAGCAAAAACCAAACACCAGAGGAAUUCCAAACACAGAAAGAUUUCUACUGGCUCCGAUGAAGGAACCCCAAAUGAUGAAAUAUUCCAUCCUGUCUGCUGCUCAGUUUGUUCGACUGAGGUUGGGGUCUACGAUAAGGAUGAGGUUUACCAUUUCUUCAACGUCAUUCCCAGCAAUUCCUGAACUGUUGUUUCAUGGUUCUGCUGACGUAUAUUGUGCUUUUCGUUAACUAGAGCCUCCUGAUGGUGUUACAUACUGAUUUGGGAUUUGCAAUGCGUGACAAUUCUUCAGCUGCAUAAAAUAGAUGAACUGGAGCAUCUGUAUGGAAAUGAAUCAUCUUUGCAAUAAGUUUCAAUAAUUUAUUAAAUUAAAGGAA